AUGGAAGUGCUCGACGGACUCAGUCAACUACUCUCCCCGUUGCUCGAUCCUCCACUGCGAGCACAGAUCCAGGCCAUCGACUUGACUUCCUUAUCGCGCAUAUCUCUAUCAAGACUGACAAAGACCGCGCUACCUAAUCUUGGCCGUGUCGAACUUGUGUCUGGUCCUGCAUACGAAGAGCACUACGACGAGCUCUACCGAACGAACUUCCACGGCGGCGAAAGGGAAUGCUCUGAACUGAUCGUUGCGCGGCUUAUAGACGACGCUCAGUACAAACGCAAAGGCCUCUCUCCUUUCCGAAUCCUCGGCCUUCGAGAUCCUGCCGGACGCGCCAUCGGCGCCGCACACUUUUCUGUACUCUUUCUGACGAAAAGUGGGUAUGCUGUUCCAUACCUUCAGUACAUCUACAUCCGGCCUGAGAACCGUCGCCAGGAUCUCAGCGAGCUUUUGCAUACUCUGGUCUUGGCUGUGACGAUGGCACUUGCUGCCAAACGGGCCAACACAGACGCGAUCGCGGUGCCUUUUACGCUUUGCGAGACCGAACCGACUGUUCCAAGUGAAGAUACAGCCAAGCAAGGGCAUGCAGUGGAUCGGAGCAAAAUCCACUCGAAAAGUGGCAGCCAAGCAUUGAUGCUUCGGAGGAAGUAUGAUGGAAGAGUAGUGAGUGCCCAUGUUCAACCGGGGAUGGAGAUGGGCGAGCCACCUCUGACCUACAUCUGGGUGCUGCGAGCGAAUCCGGCUGUUGAACUUGCAUUUGAGGAUGGAGAUUUGGGCAAGAGUCUCAUCGAUGCAUAUUACCAGAGCUUAGUGGAUGAAGGGUUUCCUCAAGAGAAUAUUGCACAAGCCAUGCGGCUGGCGGAAGCUAGACGAGAUGGUGAUGCGGAGUUUUGUUUGCUGCCGUUGAGUGCGAUUACGAGAGAUAUGUAUAUAGACAUAGACGAUAAUAGUUGA